AUGCCCUCACCGACAGGCCUCGUCGCCCCACUGCUCGGCUUCAUACUAGCCUCUCAGGUGCUUUCUCAGGAACUAGACGAUAUCAUUGUCGGCUGCGACGCGGUCCAAUGCCCUGUGGUCAAUGAUGAACAUCAGUGCCAGGUUGGGAACGACACAUUCCUCGACAUCGGGCUGACCCGCAUUCCGGAUGUCCCAGAUGGCCUAGAGGAUUUCUCCAUCGUCAAAGGAGUCAAUAUUUCCACCACCAAGAAGGGCGAUGAGUUGUUCACUAGCGUCUACUAUCUCGGGUACCCCCAGAACGUCUCGCUGGAUGAAGUCCACGGUUGCGCUGUCUUCUUCGACCCUCCUGGGAAAACAUUUCCAGAGAACACCACAGGCACCUGCUCUGAUAUUAUCGAUCCGGAAUGCAUUGACGGCAUCCAAGAGGUCGCGGCGUCCGCACUUACUUACAAAUACGUUGAUGGUAUCUGUCGAGAUUUACAGAGGGAGCUUGAGGACAGCAAUAUCAGCGCAUGCAAUAACUACACUGGCACGGGCGAAGGCAUCAGAAGGAGCGUCUUUGCCAUAAGCCUCUCUAACCUCACCAAUAUUGAGGGCGAGAAAAAUGCCACGAGCGACUGCUGGCCUAUGCUGCCCAAAUCUGCCAACCUGGCACCACUUUUCUAUUCAUUCAAAUCUUGGGAUGGGGGUCCGUUUCCUCAAUCCGCGUACGAUGAAGUGCACAAGAUUACCCCGGUACUCACCCUCUUCAUGGCCAAAUCCAACAGCAAAAAUGUAGUCAACAAAACCGUUGGACGAAUGAGCUGUAUUCAGAUCGAAAGUACUUGGACUCCCGAGUCCAGUGUUGCUGCGCCACGAAGCCUUGUUAGUAUGUUGGCGAUUGUUUGGGCACUUGUUGCGUGGGCUGUGAUGUUGUAA